AAAGAAGCAUCAAUAUUUGUUGAAUCUGAGAGGGGACUUCUAAAACCCCACCAACCUCUCCUCACUCCCCAUACAGCUGAGCCAUGGCAUCGAAGAGCAAAACUGAGAAGAAGGACCUUCUAGAUACCCUAGGAGACUUCACCAGCAAAGAAAACUGGGACAAUUUCUUCACUAUUCGCCCCGAUUCUUUCGAAUGGUACGCCGAAUGGCCUCACCUAAGGGACCCACUCAUCUCCCUUCUCCAAACCCUAACUCCUCCUCCUCCGGCGUCUCUUCCCGUCCUCGUCCCCGGUUGCGGCAACUCCCGUCUUUCCGAACACCUCUACGACGCCGGCUUUACUUCCAUCACCAACAUUGAUUUCUCUAAAGUCGUUAUCGGAGACAUGCUCCGCCGUAACAUUCGUUCUCGUCCGCUUAUGCGGUGGCGUGUUAUGGAUAUGACCGCCAUGCAGUUUGAAGAUGAGUUUUUUGGUGCUGUUGUUGAUAAAGGUGGAUUGGAUGCUUUAAUGGAGCCUGAGCUUGGUCCUACUUUGGGAAAUCAAUAUCUCUCUGAGGUGAAGAGAGUUUUAAAGCCUGGGGGAAAGUUUGUGUGCCUUACCUUGGCUGAAUCUCAUGUACUAGAUAUACUUUUCUCAAAGUUUCGACUUGGGUGGAAAAUGAGUGUUGAUGCCAUACCUAUGAAGUCUUCUGGUAAACCUAACCUUCAAACAUUUAUGGUGGUUGUGGAGAAGGAGCUGUCUACCGCAGUACAUCAGAUUACAUCAUUACUUCAGAAUGCUUCACUUCAUUGUAAUUCGGAACAGGCUUCUGGACUCCGCGAGGCUCUUCAAAAUGAGAAUCAAGUUCGUGAAAAAUUAUCCAGUAGCUCUGAUAAAUUAUACUCCAUGGAAAAUCUGCAAGUGGAACUGAUAAAAAUUUCCCAAGGUCGGCGGGUGCAGCUGACUUUAGGUGGCCAAGGGUGCUCUGUUUUCUCUUAUAGAGCAGCAGUUUUUGACGCCGAGGAACAGUCUGACCCAUUUACAUAUCAUUGUGGGGUUUUCAUUGUGCCUAAGAUUCGUGCUCGUGAGUGGCUCUUCUUUUCUGAAGAAGGACAAUGGAUGGUAGUCAGAAGCUCCAAAGCAGCUCGUCUCAUAAUGGUUUUCUUGGACACCAGCCAUACUAAUGCCAGCAUGGAUGAGAUUCAGAAGGAUUUGUCUCCGCUGGUCAAACAGUUGGAACCUAAAGAAAACGAGAAUGGAGCUCAAAUACCUUUCUUGAUGGCAAGUGAUGGGAUCAAAAAGCGAAACAUUGUUGACCAGAUCACUUCUUCAUUAACUGGAUCAAUUAUUGUUGAAGAUGUAGUUUAUGAAAAUGUUGAUAGUGAAGUCGGUUGUAUCUUUCCUUCUAGAGAGUUGAUAUUUCGACGCCUUGUAUUCGAAAGAGCUGCAAAUUUGGUUCAGUCUGAAGCUUUGCUAACAGUUGAACAUUUACCUACAAAAUUGGUUGGUGAGACAGAAAGGAAGAAAACCAACUCAUCUUCUAAAUCUAAGAAAAGUGCGUCUCAGAGACGGAAUGAUGGAGCAUAUAACCAGUUGACUGUCUAUCAUGGCUAUGUAGCUAGUUCUUAUCACACAGGGAUUAUUUCAGGAUUCACAUUAAUAUCCUCUUACAUGGAAAAUGUGGCAUCAAGUGGGAAAAUGGUAAAAGCUGUAGUCAUAGGUCUUGGAGCAGGUUUACUUCCUAUGUUUCUUCACAGGUGUAUCCCUGUUUUGGAGAUUGAGGCAGUGGAGUUAGACCCUGUAAUUGUUGAUAUUGCAAGGAAGCACUUCAGAUUUGUUGAGGAUAAACGCUUAAAGGUGCAUAUAGCUGAUGGAAUCCAGUUUGUUCGAGAGAGUGCUAGUUUUGGAGCAGCUCAGUCUCAUAGUAAAAGUAAUAAUUCUAGCUAUACCGAGUCUCCUUCAAAUGGUAGUUCAACUAGUUCUCAUGCAGAAGACGUAGAAGCUACAAAAGUUGAUAUAAUUAUUAUUGAUGUUGACUCUUCAGAUUCAAGCUCUGGACUGGCAUGCCCUGCCCCGGACUUUUUGGAGGAAUCUUUUCUCGAAUCUGUAAAGGAUAAACUUUCAGAGCAAGGUCUGUUUGUUGUCAAUUUGGUGUCGCGGUCCCAAGCCAUCAAGGACAUGGUUCUCUUGAGAAUGAAAAAGGUCUUCAGCCACAUCUUUUGCCUCCAGUUUGAUGAGGAUGUAAAUGAGAUCCAUUUUGCCCUAAAAUCAGCGUCACCUAUUAAGGAUCACUGCUUUUCUGAAGCUUCUCUUAAACUUAACAAAUUGUUGAAGUUCAAUCACCCUGAGAUUGGUCAGAAGAUUAUUAAUGCUACAAAGCAGAUCAGACGUUUGAACUGAAGCACAACUAUCUCUCUUUAUGGGCAGGAAACUCUUGUAAUAUUUGGAACUGCGUCUCAAAUGUAAUUCUCACAUUCCAAAAGGGCAUUUGGCCGUGGUUUUAUACAAGCUACAAGUUAUUAUAGCUUAAAGUUAAACACGUGAUGUCGUUAUUUGAACCGAGAAAACAAACACUUCCUCUAUGUGAAGGAAGAAGUGAUGUUACUGAGCCAAAUAUUUAUCAUUGAUCUGCAAAUUGAAUUCUCUACCUAGUAUACUGUACUUGUCUGGUGAUGCGUGAAUUAUAUCUGGGAUACUAUUUUUCUGAGGAUUGUUUGGCUUUUCUUAGAAAAAAUGUUCAUGAGAAUUAUUUUCCAGAUGUAAGCUUAUAAAUUGACUUACCCCGUGUGUAUAAAUUGUUUCCAUUGAGUUUAUAUA